GUCACACUGUCCAGAUUCGCGCACAUUGUUUUUAACGUUUUUAACGCGACGAAAUGGAGGAAAAGGUUCAACCGAAAUUCGUAUUACCGUCCCCUAAAUUCGACAAGCCCAAUGGCGCUGGCAAGGCGAAUCACCUUUACCUGACGCCCAGUGGGAUGACCCUGCUGCCGAGGGCCAAGCAACCGCCGCCCAUGUAUGGCGCACGAGGAUCAACAGUGCCCGCUAAAUAUCUGGCCCAGGAGAAUAGCAGUCCUGCAAGUGAGAGCCCAGAGACCCCACCAAUCUAUAACUCUCCCCCGCGGUCGGAGUUCUGCCACACAUGUGACAUGGAGCUGGCCAAUUCCCAGGACAUGAGACGCCACCUGGAGCAACACGAGUCCUGUCCCGCCGAUGACUGCGACUUUGCUGCCCUGCACAAUGUCCUGGAACGCCAUAUUGAAGCUAAUCACAUCACGGGCGCUUACAAAAGGGUGAAGAAGGUGUGGACGGAAGAGGAACUGGCUGCUUGGAGGGCAGAAAGGAGAAAGAGAUUUCCCACUGCGGCGAAUGUUGAGCUGGCCAGAUUGGCCAAGGAACAGAGAAUCAAGCGAGGAGAACGUCUGGAGGCCUCUAAAUCCCGCUUUGGAAACCGGGAAGAUCGCCAAAGGACGCGACCCAAAGGAGAUCACAAGGAGCGUUUAGAUCCGAGAAACAAGAGGAAAAGGGGAGUCAAAGGAAAAUCCGCUGAAAAGAAGAAAAAGGAAGAAAGCAAAAUCCAAACUAGAGAGUCAAAGGAAUCAAAAGAAAUCGUAACUCAGUCUCCUAUCUUAAAUAAGGAAGCUGAUCAAACAAAUGAGGAAUCCAACUUGUGCUCCAUAGAAAGUGCCAAAUUCUGUGGAACAGGAUCGAUGACGGACUACCAACACUUCAAGCCAAAAGUUCAAAAGAAGGAUAAUGUUCUUUUUGGCCUGCUUGGGAUGUAUGGAUCAGAUAGUGAAGAAGAAAGUGAAUCAGAGUCUGAAGUUCAGGAUCGGAACGAAAAACCGGAGGAUAUACGAGCCACUGAACAAUUUGGUAGCCGUAAAAUAGAACCUCUUGAGUGCACAGAAAAGGGUCCAACUGAAGAUGAUCUAACCCAAAAGUUAGAACCCAAUAUUGCCAUAGAAUGCUUAAGACCUGAGGCUUCUCAAGUGGAUUCAAAUAAGGAUAUGGAAACCAGUGAGAAUCCAACACUAACUUUGGAAAAUACCCCCUUGGAUGACACCUCCCAGGAAGAUCACAUAAUCGAAUCCACCUUAGAUUUAGUUCCUUCAACUAGGGAAGAUGCUUGCUCUUCCGAUGAAGCACCAGACGAAGAGCCCUUCCAGCGAGUAACUGAAACUAUAAGAGAACCAACUCCCCCGAAAGCUGAACCUAAAGAAUGCAAGCCCAAAACUGCACCCAAGCGAGCUGCUCCUAAGCGAUUGUAUGGCUUAAACUACAAGAAGGUUCGCAAGCAAACCCAGCAGAACACCAUGUUAUCCAAACUUCUAGAAGCUGAUAUACGACAUGAGCGAAAUGUCCUGCUGCAGUGCGUGCGACAUGUAUGCGAAAGGAAUUUCUUUGGCAUUGGACAAAAUAAAGAUGAAAAAGAUAAAGAGAAGCUGGUUCCCAUUUGUGAUAAAUCACCCGAUGCAUUAUAACUAUUAGCUACUAAGAUAAGUAAAUAAAGUACAAAUUUAAGAUUUCGUAGCCUGCUUAAGACUUU